AUUGUGUGCUCUGUCUAGUGUCUGUUCAUGUGUUUGAACUGACCCCUCCUUACUAGGGGAGGGAAAGACUGAUUACGAAAGAAUGUACUAAUGCUGGCUACCUUGCUACAUGGAAUUGAAGACCAAACUGAACAUGCAAGAGCUCUAAUGCCACUCUUGGAUUCAAAAAGGAGUUCACUAAAGGGGGACUAAUCUUUGGGACAUUUAGUAGUGGUUGUCUACACCAACACACACCGUAUUCAUUCUGCUCUCCUCCAGCAUGUCAGGUGGUUACACUCCGGCCCCUGGGGGCCCCUUCUCAGCCCUGACCUCCAGUAUGUGGCCCCAGGACAUCCUGGCCAAGUACUAUCAGAAGGACCCAACAGAGGAGGCAGAACUGCAGUAUGAUGAGUUUGGCUUCAGGCUGGACAGUGACGAUGGCGUAGAGCCGAGGCCAGAGCCCCAGAGAGAGGACCCCCAGCAGAGGCUACGCUGGCAGGCCCACCUGGAGUUCACCCACAACCACACCGUAGGAGACCUGACCUGGGACCUCAUCUCCCCCGUCCUGCCCCGCUCUGAACGCCUCCGCUCCCUGGUGCUGGGUGGCAUACCACACAGCAUGAGACCACAGUUGUGGAUGCGUCUGUCUGGAGCUCUGCAGAAGAAGAGGACUACAGAGAUCUCCUACAAAGAGAUCGUUAAGAACAGCACCAAUGACGAGACCACUGCUGCCAAACAGGUACUGGAUGCUGAGAUAGAGAAGGACCUGUUGAGGACCAUGCCCUCCAACGCGUGUUUCUGCAGCCUGCAGAGUGUGGGUGUUCCCAGGCUGAGGCGGGUACUGCGGGGCCUUGCAUGGCUCUACCCAGACAUUGGCUACUGCCAGGGCACAGGCAUGGUGGUGUCAUGUCUGCUGCUGUUCCUGGAGGAGGAGGACGUGCUGUGGAUGAUGUGUGCCCUGAUCGAGGACCUGCUGCCACCCUCCUACUUCUCCUCCACCCUGCUGGGGGUCCAGACAGACCAGAGGGUCCUCAGACAGCUCAUAGUCCAGUACCUACCAAGCCUGGACAGGCUUCUGCAGGAGCACGACAUCGAGUUGUCUCUGAUCACGCUGCACUGGUUCCUGACAUCGUUUGCCAGUGUGGUGGACAUCCGCAUCCUGCUGAGGAUCUGGGACCUGCUGUUCUACCAGGGCUCUGUGGUCCUCUUCCAGGUCACACUGGGCAUGCUCAAGAUCAAGGAGGUUGACCUUCUCCUCUCUCCCCUACAGGAGGAGGAGCUGGUGUCCUCUGAGAACUCUGCGUCCAUCUUCAACACGCUGUCCGAUCUGCCCAGCCAGCUGGGUGACGGGGCUGCAGUACUGGGGGAGGCCAUGAGGCUGGCGGGGGCGCUGUCCCAGGACACGCUGGAGACCCAGAGGAACAAACACCUGGCCUACAUCCUCAAUGAGCAAGCCCAGCUCAACACCAACAACUCCCACACACUCAACAACAACCUCAAUAAAGUUGUGAGGAGACAGUUGGUACGUAGGAAGUCCACUCUGAGCUCUCUGUUGUGGGGUGAGGACGAGGCGGAGGCUCUCAAGUCUAAGAACAUCAAGCAGACAGAGCUGGUAGCAGCGCUCCGAGAGGCCAUCACCCGCACCGCUGAACACUUCCACUGUCUGGACCCCCGACACACCAGCACUGACCUGACUCCAGACUACUCCAUGGAGAGCCACCAGAGAGACCACGAGAACUUCCUGGUUGUGUCUCGUAACCGACGGAGACGGGCCAAAGCCCUGCUGGACUUUGAGCGCCAUGACGACGACGAACUGGGCUUCAGGAAGAACGAUAUCAUCACAAUUUUUUCCCAGAAAGAUGAGCACUGUUGGGUGGGAGAGCUCAACGGGCUGAGAGGUUGGUUUCCAGCCAAGUUCGUAGAAAUCCUCGAUGAGCGGAGCAAAGAGUACUCUCUGGCGGGUGAUGACUCGGUGACUGAGGCGGUGACAGACCUGGUCAGAGGGACGUUGUGUCCUGCCCUGAAGGCCAUCUUCCAACACGGUUUGAAGAAACCCUCCAUACUAGGAGGACCCUGCCACCCCUGGCUCUUCAUAGAGGAGGCAGCCAGUAGAGAGGUGGAGAGGGACUUUAACUCAGUCUACUCCAGACUGGUGCUGUGUAAGACGUACAGAUUAGACGAGGAUGGCAAGGUUCUCACACCAGAGGAGCUGCUCUACAGAGCGGUGCAGUCUGUAAAUAUGAGCCACGACUCUGCACACGCUCAGAUGGACGUCAAGUUCCGCUCGCUCCUCUGCGUGGGCCUCAAUGAGCAGGUGUUACACCUGUGGUUGGAGGUGUUGUGUUCCAGUAUGCCUGCAGUAGAGAAGUGGUACCAGCCCUGGUCCUUCCUACGCAGCCCAGGAUGGGUCCAGAUCAAGUGUGAGCUCAGGGUUCUCUCAAAGUUUGCCUUCAGUCUCUCUCAGGACUGCGAGCUGCCUGCCAAGAAAGAGGAGAAAGAUCAGAGGCCACUGAAGGAAGGAGUCCAAGACAUGUUGGUGAAGCAUCAUCUCUUCAGCUGGGACAUCGAUGGCUAGACACACACACCCAAAGCCUGCAAAAAACUCCCCUGCCCAACACAUGCUGUGUGUCUACCAGAGUGAUCUUUCUGUGUCUUUCAUAUUGACUGCUAUGUCAGAACCCACUACUGUUUCCAUCACUACCUCUCACUAGGAAGUAUUGUAUUGUUCAGACAUUUGAUCAUCAUUCUAUAAACACAUUGAUAUGCAUCGUGGUUUCCCCUCCUCGUCUCAACUAAACUGCAUCCGAAGCCUUUCUACUGAGGAUAGUACACUAUAGGGGGCGUGUUCAGCACGACGCAACGUUUUGGAAUGUUCAGAUAGAAAUAAGGAAUAACAUCAGCUCUAUUCAUGGCAUUUCUAUCUGCAAUAUUUGGCAACUUAACGUGGCCAGGGUAUCAUUUGAGACACCUGAAGACUUUAUCAACUAAUUACAUUUACCCUCUGAGCUUGCUAACCAAUCAGAGGUCUUUUGAGGAAGCAAUUAUCAUGUAAUCAAGGUUGAUAGUCCUGGCUGUCACCAUGGCUCUUAGUUCUUGGGUGAAGCUACUGUGUAUGUUGUCCACACCAGUGUUUCUGAUGCAGAAGACUAGGAACAUACAGAAAGUGCUGAUUGUAGCAUUCCUUAGGUACAGAGUAGUCACCUCUACUGUGCCAUAUGAAGUAUUUCCUCAGACUCAAGGACUGGGGUGUAUCACUAAGAACCAAACGGGGAGGAAUGUACCUGAAUUUGUCCCAUAAACUAGUUUUUUGUUGCAAAAUGUUUUUCGUUGUGAAACGUUUUGCUACAGUGUGCACUGAUCUGAUGUCCUAGUAGCACCUGUGUUCACAAGUGUGUCCUGCUACCAGUACUGUAGUAGGAUGUGCUGAUUGAGAAGUGUUUCGUACUCCGCAACCACCCUGUCGAUCUGUGUUGGCACCCAACAAUCCCAUUCUACUCUGCAUUCCGUCCACUAUUGUCUCCAAAUGUUUGGUGCCAACAUGGCACCCAAAUGACUCUCAAACCAGGUUUGUCCCUUGUAAAGUGUGGGCUACUAAACAGUGUAUCUGUAGUAGUCACUUUGUGCUGACUAGGAAGAACUGUGUCCAAAAAUGAAGUUUUAUGAAAUGUAAAUUUUUCAGUUCAGUCUUCAUAUUACAAUGGGUGUGUCCACCCGCCAUCAACUUG